CUGAACGGCGGGUGGGUCGCGAAGCCGUUUCUGCUUGGAGUGGAUGCGGCGUCCUAAUGCGGUGGGGUCCCAACGGCCUUUCCUCUCACGCGCCUCCUGCAGGUUAAACCAGAUGUUCUUUGGGAAGACACAGCUUUUAAUUCUGAGCCUCAUGCAGUAUAGAAUUUAAGAAUACGUUAUUACAGAUCUGAAAUCGUUGACAAGGGUUGCUGUGCCUGACAGAAAAAGAAGACAAAGUAAACUUAUCUCCAAAUCAUUUCAGUUUCAUGUGACAAAAAUGGAGACGACAAUUCUGAAUUUACGGAAUUUCUUUGACCAGCUCAUGUGCCAAGCAGAAAUUCUAAAUGAAAACACUGAAUACAAAUUUAUCCAAUUGGCCAAGAAUUUUGAAGAGUUUAGGAGAAAAUGGCAGAAAAUGGAUCAUGAGGUGGCCAGGUACAAAGAUUUACUGAUGAAAACAGAAACUGAGCGUAGUGCUCUUGAUGUGAAACUGAAACAUGCACGCAACCAAGUGGACGUGGAGAUCAAGAGAAGACAACGAGCUGAAGCAGAUUGUGAAAAGUUGGAGCAACAGAUUCAGCUGAUCAAAGAGCUUCUCAUGUGUGAUUCAUCAGGCAGCAUACAGCUGAGUGAAGAACAAAAAUCAGCACUGGCCUUUUUAAGCAAGCCUCAGAUGUCCAUUGCUGGUAACAAAAGGCUCUCAACAAUAGAUGAAUCUGGUUCAAUUUUAUCCGACAUCAGUUUUGACAAAACUGACGAAUCAUUGGAUUGGGAUUCCACAAUGGUAAAGACUGUUAGAUUGAAAAAAAGAGAGAAAAGGCGCUCUUCUAGACAGUUUAUUGAAGGCCCACCUGGUCCUUUAAAGAAAACUCGUUCCAUUGGCUCUACAGUAGAUCAGGGAAAUGAAUCCAUAGUUGCAAAAACAACUCUCACAGUUCCUAAUGAUGGAGGCCCAAUUGAAGCUGUGGCCACGAUUGAGACUAUACCUUACUAUGUGGGAAACCAGAGAAAGGCAGCCAUCCUACAGCCUUGGAACAGUGACUCAAGCCUGGGAAGCAGGAAGGUUGGAAGUAAAUCCGAAACAGAUGGAUCUAGCACUCCUGGAAGCACUGGGACAAGACUACAUGAAUUUGUAUCAAAAACGGUUAUUAAACCUGAGUCAUGUGUUCCAUGUGGGAAGCGAAUAAAGUUUGGAAAAAUGUCCCUGAAAUGCAGAGACUGCAGGGUAGUUACACAUCCAGAAUGUCGAGAUCGCUGUCCCCUGCCCUGCACCUCUACCGUGGCAGGAACCCCUGUCAAAAUUGGACAGGGAGUUCUGGGGGAUUUUGUACCUCUGACGACUCCAAUGAUCCCCUCCAUUUUAGUUCAUUGUGUAAAUGAGAUUGAGAAACGAGGCUUGAAUGAGACGGGCCUCUACCGAAUUUCUGGCUGUGACCGCACCGUGAAAGAUUUGAAGGAGAAAUUCCUUAGAGGGAAAACAGUACCUCUGCUUAGCAGAGUGGAAGAUAUCCAUGCUAUAUGUGGCCUUCUUAAAGAUUUUCUCCGCAAUCUUAAGGAGCCUCUUCUUACUUUCCGUCUCAAUAAGGACUUUAUGGAAGCAGCAGAAAUUAUAGAUGAGGACAACAGUGUAGCAGCUAUGUAUCAAACUGUUGGAGAGCUACCACAGGCUAAUAGGGAAACUCUGGCUUUCCUCAUGAUUCACCUGCAGAGAGUGGCUCAGAGUCCAGAUACCAGAAUGGAUAUUUCCAACCUGGCUAAAGUCUUUGGGCCUACCAUUGUUGGUCAUGCUAUACCAGAACCUGAUCCCAUGACACUACUCCAAGACACAAAAAGGCAACCUAGGGUUGUGGAACGGUUGCUCACUUUGCCUGUGGGUUACUGGAGCCAGCUUAUCAUGGUAGAACAGGAAAAUAUUGAGCCAGCUCACAUCAUUGAAAAUGCCAAUGCUUACUCCCACCCCUGCACGCCUGAUUUUAAAGUGAGCAUGUUGGGACCACUCACUACUCCAGAACAGCAAUUGGUAAAAACUCCUUCAAGCAGCUCACUGUCUCAGAAAGUCAAAUCUACAUUUAGCAAAACCACUCCUAAAUUUGCAAGCAAAAGCAAGUCUGCAACAACUCUUGGACGGCAAGGAAACUUUUUUGCUUCUCCAAUGCUAAAGUGAAAUAUCCUGGCGUUCUGAUUACCUGCUUGCAGUGCAAUGAUAAAGACCAGCAAUAAAAUCUCAAGUUAUUCCUUCACUUCCUAACAACAAUGUGUAAUAAUUUCAGUAAUAUAUAUCUGCUUUUUAGCUUUUCUUAAAUUUUAGUUGUAUUUUAUUCAGUCUAAGAUGGCUAAUAUCACAUUUAUUGUAGGGUAUAACUGGCAUAGUCCACUCAAUGUCUAAGUAGGGAAUGUGCAAGUUUGCUUGCUUUUGAAAAUAUGUCUCUAGCUGGGAAGCUGCCAUCAUUGGAAAGGAAUGUAGUUUGAAAAACGAAUAGUUUUUUUUUUUCAUUUCACAAGCUUUGGAUCAAAUAAGUGCUGAUCCAUUACAAAGGGUAUCUACUUGAAACUAUAUAAAUUCAAAAUGUGGUCAUGUGAAAAAUUGAAACUCAGUGGUCCAUUAAUGCAUGUACACAUUGUAUAAGAUAUUUCUUUUUAUAUCAAAGAAGGACAUAAUAAAUGUGAUAACUAAUUGA